AUGGCGGAGACGCCCGAGAGGAAAGAGCCGACGGAGCUGGUGAGUUGUGGCCGGUGCGGAUCCGUGAACUCGGUACCCUUCGGCCUGGACCGCUUCCAGUGCUACAGCUGCGGAGCCUCGGUCGUCAUCUCUCGGGAGACCUCUGCGGCCUGCGCUGCUGCAUCGCCGACGGCCCUCUACAUUGACAACUUGCAGGCGACUCCACAGAAAGAGGGAGGCAGCAAGAGUGCGCCAUCGAAGAAGCCGGAGGCAAGCUCGCGUGGAUUUUUCGAGAAGCUGACCCGGCAAGUGGACAAGACCUUGCAGAAGGUGGAGCAGUCGCUGUUUUCGGACACCCCAGCUGCCGGGCAGGCUCCUGCGAAGGCACCCUCGGCAUUGCCUGUCGGCCAGCCGAUCGGCGAGGAGGCGAAGGCUAUCAGCCCGGGAACGCGAGAGGCGAAACCCCGCAGCCCCGAGUCCGGUGGUUACGAGGCCUCGCGGUCCGCGGCGAGCGCUAGCGGCCAGGGGGCGCCCAAGGCCCCGCAGACGGAGCGUCUCCGCGCGGCCGAGGAGCGGGCGGCUCGCGCCGAGCAGCUGCUGGAGGCUGCGGUGGCGCGCGAGGCGGUGUCAGCCUCGGAGCGCCUGACGCUGCGGAAGCAGCUGGACGACGCAGAGCAGUUGGUUUCUGGCCUCUCCCAGCAGCUGGACAGUGUCCAGCAGGAGGUGGCUGAGCAAAGGCAGCGCUGCGAGGCUCUGGAGAAGCAGCUCCAGGAGGCCCGAGCCGCGCCGAACGCCUCCCCGGGCGAGGGCCAAGAUGUGGCCCUGGAGCUGAUGCAGCGCAUUGCGCAGCUCGAGGCCGCUCUCGGGAAGGACGGCAACUUCGAUGCCACGGCACAAGUCGUGAGAUGA